ACACACACACACACACGCACACACGCACAGUCAAACAAGCGCCAUCCAAACACGCAGUGGGCGUGUCUUUCCUCCAGCACGAGUAAAUAGAAGCGCGCCUGUGUGCUCCCCAGUCAAGAAAUGACAGAGUCUCUUCGCUCCUGUACCGGCACCAGCGAUUGCACAUCUGCUCCAUCACUGCGCGGCUUUGAACUCUCCAGUUUGAGACCCGGCCCAAAUUAUUUGCAACAUUUCGAUCUCUGUGAUUAACACUCCCUGUGAACUUGGCACACCGCGACUCCAUCUGCAGCCCAGUGGGAGGUCCAAAACAACCUUAGAAGGCCUCUGGCGUUAGGUUGGUCCGUGGGAAGCUGAGAGUGAUGAAGACUUGUUUUGUGUUUGUUGCAGCUCUGCUGUACACCACCAUCCAAGCAUUGUGUCCUGACAAAGAACCGGGGCUGAAGCCAUGGAUGCCGGGACAUAGUAAACAUCAUCGUGUUGUCAUCAGUUAUGGCAGGAAGGUCCUCCUCACAACUUCUGCUACUGUGCACUCCAUUGAGAUUCUUAAUGGAGGGAAACUGGUCAUUGCUGACACCAACCGGCCGAUUCUUCUUAGAACAAAACACAUUCUUAUUGGAAAUAAAGGAGAACUGCACAUUGGAAGUCAAGACUGUCCUUACAAGGGCAACUUUACCAUUUCUCUGUUUGGAAGGUCAGAUGACACUGAUCAGGAGCACAGCUAUUUUGGCCGCAAAUACAUUGGUGUAGGGACCGGAGGGAUUUUGGAGAUCCACGGAGCAAAGAAGCUCUCAUGGACUUUCUUGAAUAAAACCCUCUAUCCCGGAGAAAGCCACCAAAAUCACUACCUGUUGGAGAGAAGCUGGGGGAACCGAGGCAUCAUUGUCCAUGUAAUUGACCCCAAGAAAGGAGAGGUACUGAGUGAUGACAGGUUUGACACAUAUCGCAGUAAGGAUGAGAGCAAUCGCCUUGCAAAGUAUUUGGAUGCUGUGGAUGCAGGACUCAUUGUCGCCAUGGUGGUCAAUGAUGAGGGCUCCAACAACUUGGAGGACUUCGCCAAAAAGAGCAUCUUCAGGCUUGGCAGUCAGCAAAUCAACACUUUGGGAUUCAGACAUCCCUGGUCUUUUAUAGCUGUGAAAGGAAACCCAUCUUCUGCUGUCGAAGAUCAUGCUCUCUAUCAAGGGACAAAAGCCUCCUCAGAAGCCCGAAGCUCUUGUGUGUUUCAGUUGAGCUAUGCAGAGCAUUUCACCGUAACAGCCAGCAGCCAGUGGGUGCAAGAGGCUGAGUGGACAGAAUGGUUUGACAGGGAUGAUGAAAGGGGAUCUGGUGACUGGGAGAAGCUGACAGAACUGCGUGAGGCCUAUCCCGAUCGGCUGUGUAACAGUCCGCUGGACAUUCAGGCUGAAACACAUGAUGGCAUACCCUCCAACCAAACCGGAGAUGUGAUCCACAAAAAUAACAAAGAUUAUGGCUUUGUCUGCCGCAAUAAAGACCAAGCUCAUGGCCUCUGUCGCAACUACAGAGUUCGUUUUCUGUGUGGAAAACUUGUCCGUCCUCAGGCCUCAAUUUCCAUCGACAUGAUGUCCAACAGCACAAUUCUGGAGCUUGCAGACCAGCCUGUGGGUUGGCAACCUGGUGACCAGGUGGUGGUGGCCAGCACCGACUACUCCAUGCAUCAGACUGAAGGGUUUGACCUCAUUCCUUGUCCUACCUGUACACCUAACCAGGUCAAGGUGCAAGGUAAAGUCCAGUUUAUUCACAUGGGUGAAGAGGUGGAUGGGGUGGAUAUGAGAGCGGAGGUUGGCCUGCUGAGUCGUAACAUCCUAGUCCGUGGUGAGAUGGAGCCCAGCUGUUACGGAAAUGAAGCCUGCAAAUUCUUUGACUUUGACACUUUUGGAGGACAUUUGAAGGUAGAGCGAGGUUUCAAGGCCGUACAUAUAUCUGGUGUGGAGCUCCAACACAUGGGCCAGCAAACAAUGGGACACUACCCGGUCCACUUCCAUAUGAACGGUGAAGUGGAUGAGAGGGGAGGUUACAACCCACCUACCUAUGUCAGUGAUCUGUCGAUCCACCACUCAUUCUCUCGCUGUGUCACCAUCCAUAGCUCCAAUGGACUUCUGGUGAAAAACGUGGUGGGCUAUGACUCGCUGGGCCAUUGUUUCUUUACAGAGGAUGGUCCUGAGGAGAGAAACACAUUUGAUCACUGUCUUGGCCUCCUGGUCCGAGCGGGCACUCUACUGCCCUCAGACAGAGACAGUAAAAUGUGUCGUGACAUCACUGAUGGAGCAUACCCAGGAUAUGUCGCCAACCCACGGCAAGACUGCAGUGCAACUUCAACUUUCUGGAUUGCCAACCCAAACAACAACCUUAUCAACUGUGCUGCUGCAGGCUCAGAGGAAACAGGAUUCUGGUUUAUCUUCCACCAUGUACCCACUGGACCAUCUGAGGGGCUGUACUCGCCUGGAAAAACAGAACACACGCCUAUGGGCCAGUUUAUCAACAACAGAGCUCAUUCCAACUACAGGGCCGGAUUCAUCCUAGAUAAUGGAGUCAAGACCACUCAGGCAAAUGACAAGGACAAAAGACCUUUCCUCUCAUUGGUUGGAGCCAGGUAUGGCCCCCACCAGGAUGCUGACCCUUUCAAACCCAGAGUCCCAGCUCACAUUCACCAUUUUGUAGCCUAUAAGAACCAGGACCACGGAGCCUGGCUGAGAGGAGGGGAUGUCUGGCUGGAUAACUGCCAAUUUGCAGAUAACGGCAUUGGCCUCACUUUGGCAAGUGGAGGAACCUUUCCAGAUGAUGAUGGUUCUCGUCAGAUGGUGAAGAAUUCUCUAUUUGUGGGGGAAAGUGAAAAUCAUGGAAUGCCACUCCCUGAUAACAGUAUCUGGGGCCCAGGGGGUGCUGACCUCAUGGGCAGGACCCUCCCGCGAGGCGUUGAUUUCCCUAUCCGGGGCAUGCAGAUCUACGACGGGCCCAUCAAUGUGCAAAACUGUACGUUUCGUAAAUAUGCAGCUCUGGAGGGACGCCACAGCAGUGCUUUUGGUUUUAGGCUCAACAACUCAUGGCAGAGCUGCCCCAACAAUAACGUGACAGACAUCACCUUCGACCAUGUACCUAUCACCUCGCGUGUGUUUUUUGGGGAGCCUGGUCCGUGGUUUAAUAAGAUGCAGAUGGAUGGUGACAAGACUACUAUUUUCCAUGACAUUGACGGCUCGGUGAGUGAGUAUCCUGGAGCUUACCUGGUUAAGGAAGACAACUGGCUGCUCCGUCACCCUGAGUGCAUUGAUGUGCCCGAUUGGAGGGCUGCCAUCUGCAGUGGGCACUAUGCACAGAUCUACGUCCAGACACGUAAUCCUGCCAACCUGAACAUGCACAUCGUGAGAGAUGAGUACCCUGACCGACCCCUGACAUUAGAGGGUGCAUUGGGAAAGAGGAAGCACUACCAGCAGUUCCAACCAGUCAUCACACUGGCAAAGGGGUACACCAUCCAUUGGGACCGAGCUGCACCAACUGAGGUCAUCAUCGGGCUUAUUAACUUCAACAAAAAAGACUGGAUCAAUGUGGGUGUGUGCUACCCACAAGGAACCACCUUUGUUGUCAUCUCAGACAUUCACAAUCGCCUGACCAAACAGACCCGCAAGACAGGAGUCUUCAUGAGAACCAUGCAGAGGGAGAAGAUCAACCACUCACACUUGACCAGAAGCUAUUACUACUGGGAGGAAGACACAGGGCUGCUCUUCUUGAAGGUUCAGGCUCAUAAUGACAGGGAGCAAUUUGCCUUCUGCUCCCUUAAAGGAUGUGAGAGGAUAAAGAUAACAGCUGUCAUCCCUAAAGGCAGUCCACCCAGCAAUUGCAUGGCUCGGGCCUACCCAAAACACGCUGAGCUGCCUGUCGUAGACGUACCGAUGCCCAGAAAGAUCCCAAAUGACAGACUGCAUUCACCAGAGCACUUACUGGAAGUCAAACUGGAGUCCUAUAACACUCGGUUCUUCCACAUCAAGGAGGACUUUGCCUUUUCUGAGGUGAAUGGCAGAAAAUUGUACCAACCUGAAGAUGGCGUGCAGCUAACCGUCAUCGAUGGGCAUGAUGGGAAGGUGGUGGACAGCAAAGGCUUCCGGAACUCAAUCCUUCAAGGCGUCCCCGCGCAGAUAAACAACUACAUCAGUGGACUGAAAGAUGGUUCUGUUGUUCUCCUGACAUCAAAAGGCCGUCUGGUCACGAGAGGUCCGUGGACCAAAGCACUGGAGCGACUUGGAGCAGAUUCAGGCAAGCCACUGAAAGAUAAAUUGGCAUUUGUGGGCUUCAAGGGCUCGUUCCACCCUGACUGGAUUCGACUGGAAGUGGACCCGGACAGAGCCAAGAUCCACCAAGUCCUACCGAUCCCCGUGGUCCACAAGAUGAAGCUAUGAGUGACAGGCAGAAAGAGAAGGACAACAAAUCGGCUAUGUGGCUGCAAUAUAAUGACAAAAAAACAAAACAAAAACAAAAAAAGCACACACACAUACUCACAUAUUACAAUAUGCAUUGACUGCAGACUUCGUCGGUCCAGGUCCAAGUUGGUGUAUUUUUGAAGAGGAAUUGUGUGUGUGGGUGUGUUGAGAGGCAGAAGCAUCAUCCACGAUGACUCGACCACCGCUUUAAACUCAACAUUGUCCCGCUUUACUUUUGCCCCUGCGGAAUCAUGGCACACUCUUCAUACAUGAACGGGCAAGUCGGUGAUGCUGCACUUCUAUAUGUUCUAUCGUGAGCACAUUCGUCAUUAUAUCGUAAGCCUCGCAUUGAGUCCUGCUGUCAAAACGCCUGGGCUGUAACAUAGGGUAGUUUGGUGUAAACAUGAGCUGAUAAAUCACCUCAUAUCCCAUCAUGUUCGUCCUGCAUUUCGGCAAACGUGUACCCGAGGACAGUCAGGGUUAGAGGAGGCGUGCAGGUCCAAGUUGAAAGCCGUUUGGCUGUGCGAAAAGUAAAAGGGAGAAAGCUUAAGAAGCCGGUCAGAUGACAGUGGCCACGCAUUUCGGGUGGAAAACCCGAAAUGCGAAGAGUUCAAUUGACAGCUGGAACGAAACCAUCCGCGUUUAUUUUUGUCAAGCUGACUAUUGCUUACGGAGAAAGACAAAAUAUUUCUGCAAUAGAUUAUGUACUUUUCAUUUAAAAAGCACUUAUCUGCUGGGUUUGCGUCUUGGUCGCUGGCGUUUCUUGUUUGCAACUCUUCGCUGGAUUACCAUGUCAGCCAGACACCUCUUUAACCUGGGAACCAAUAUACUCUUUUUAAAAAAAAUGUUGUUGUUUUUUUUGGUAACAUUUGAUUACACGAGAGCACCUGAACUGUGUCAUUGCUGCACUACCAACAAACAUAAGUAUUUUUUUUAAAGUAUAUUCUAAAAAUUAACACGUAAAUAUUACAAGAAAGAAAAUGGUCAUAAUCGUUGAGAAGAGAAUACAGAUUAGUGGCAUUUUCUGCAUCGGCUGAUUGGAGCGCACAACUGACGUGACAAAAUAAAUCAUCAAGGGAGCCUGUCAAGCGUAUGUCAUCUGCAUCCCUCCAUGAAAGUAAUGUUAAAGGUACUGUGGAACAGGGUGCUAAAUCUCCAUGUUAAAGGAAAUUAUUGAGAGGGGGGUGGGGGGGGGGCGGCAUUCCUCGUUAGCAUCCAACAGCAGGUUGUGUAGUUGUUCUUGUACCUCGUGUUUGUGAGACAUCUGUCCGUACUUUAUUGUUGAACCAGCAAGAGGCCCAGAACACAAUGAUCCACUAAAUGCCAAAUAAGUUGUGAGUUUUUAUGAGGUUGUUUUCUUGUUUAAAAGUCCAACAGAAACAUCUGUUCAAAUAUGGACCCCUCCCUUUGCCGAAAUAGCUGGUCUUUUUUCGGGGGGUGUAGGAGUAAUUCUGUGUUUCGUAUGUUUGAUGUGUUUUUAGAAAACCACAGAUAUGUCAGAUAUUUUAUACUUAUUUAUUGUGCAGACUCCACCAAUCUAAAUCUGCAAGGGACGUCACGUCAUCUGAGCUGGAUGCUUGUUAACUGUCCUGUGGGUAUGUCACGUGUAGAGAUAACCGAGCCGCCUUUCAACAUCCUGCAUCAGAAUUGUUCACUGUCAACAAAAUGGAUGUGUCGUACACGUGAUUUGAGCUUGUAAACUGGAAAAAUAAAAAAGUUAAUGUUUGUCUGUUGAGACUUUUGUACAGAAAUAAAUCAUGCUGACAAGA